UCUUUCUUUCUGCCAAAAAUUGCCCUCUCUCUCUCUCUGACAGCUCUGAAUUACGUGACCGUACGUACGUACACACCAGCACUGCUCCAACAGCGCCAAGAAACAGGCACACAGAGAGAGAGAGAGAGAGAGAGAGAGAUACCACAAAAUCGAAACCAGUAUUUUUGCUGGUCUAUCUCAGCCGCUACCUCUCUUUUGCUGCUUUUACUGUUAAUUAUAUAAUUUUGUUGUUGUUGUUGUUGUUGUUAUGGGGAAGAAAAAGAGAAUUCCAAAUCAGAGCGACACCCAACCUCCCAUUUCGCGUUCUCCUUCUUCCGGUAAUAUUGCAGAUACCAUGCCUUGCUCCUCAGGGACGGAAUUAAUGUCAGAAGAGAAACCUUUGCUUUCUGUUGACGCUAGUGAACUAAAUACUCUCUCACCUGUCGGGGAUAUUAAGGAUAAUUCUAUGAAGCUACUAAAUGCCCAUCCUGCUACUGCACAUCAUCAUCAGAAUCUUGGUCGUUCUAUAUUUUUGAAGCAUUCUCGUUAUCACUAUGGCCAUCAGUACUUUCGGCGCAAUUCAGCUAAUCAUACCAAUGCAUCUUCUCGAGGCAAAGGUGCUUUUUCACGCGAUGAGAGACUGUCCUUCAAGUUGGCCACUCAAUGUAACCCACAGACUGGAUAUCAUUCAGAAAUUAGGGGGAAGGAAAUUUGCAGGCCAGAAAGACUGCGGUCCAGCUCCUUGGUAAUGGAUGCAGCAUCAUCAGAUGCAGUGAAGAUGGUAUGUGGGCUUUGUCAGACGCCAUUGAGACGAAAACCUUAUUUUCUUGGAAGUACACUGUCUUCUGGCGAACUAUCCGUGGUGGCGGUUUUAGUUUGUGGUCAUGUUUAUCACGCAGAAUGCUUAGAGCAGAAAACAUGCCUUGAAGAUAGACGUGACCCGCCCUGCCCAUUAUGUCUGGGAUUGCCGUCCAAAGAAGACAACUCGGAAGGACAGGAAUAACUGUAGAAUAUAUUCUACUUUACACCAAUGAAACUGAAUAUCUGGAGCAGGCGAUACAGACUUGGAUCAGCUGAUGGAAAACUUGGAUGGAAAUAUAACCAGUUGGGCUUUUAAAUUUGGCCAUACAUUCUAUUGCAACUAUAAUAGUUCACAAAGUGUUGAAGUCCUAUAUAUUUCAGUAACUAGGAGUUAUUGCAAGUUCACAAAGUGUUGAAGAGACAGAUGUUAUAGAUCACCUGUUUGCCUUUUUUUUUUCCUUGGAGGCACCGCAAAUAAUGUGAUUUGAAAUAGUUUCUAA